AUGACCUCUUUGCCCUGCCCGCUCCCUGGCCCGGACGCCUCCAAAGCCGUCUUCCCGGACAUCGCCCCCGUCCCAUCGGUAGUGGCUGCCUACCAGCUUGGCCUGUCCCCCGCAACCGCAGCCGCCUCCGAUUUGCCCUAUUCUGGGCCGUAUGGCCACGUCCUGCCCUAUCCCUACACUGGGCCGGCGACCCCCGGAGACUCCUACCUGCCCUGCCAGCUACCCACGGCGCCGUCUCAGCAGUCUCAUCAAGAGUGGGAGCCAGACCCGGAGAAGCCGCCGCUGUCCCCGGAGCCCUCGGAGCGGCGCCCGCAGGCCUCGACCAAGAAGCUCCGGAAGCCGAGGACCAUCUAUUCGAGUCUGCAGCUGCAGCACCUGAACCAGCGUUUCCAGCACACGCAGUACCUGGCUCUGCCCGAGAGGGCCCAGCUGGCCGCGCAGCUUGGCCUCACCCAGACACAGGUAAAGAUCUGGUUUCAGAACAAACGUUCCAAGUACAAGAAGCUCCUGAAGCAGAACUCUGGGGGACAGGAAGGGGACUUCCCUGGGAGGUCCCCCUCCCUGUCUCCCUGUUCCCCACCCCUUCCAUCCCCCUGGGAUCUACCCAAGGCAGGGGCCCUGCCCACCAGUGGCUAUGGCAACAACUUUGGAGCCUGGUAUCAGCAUCACUCCCCUGAUGUCCUGGCUCCACCUCAGAUGAUGUGA